CCAUGCUCCAUUAGCGGGUCUAUUAAUACAGUUGGUCCAUCCCAGGGCUCAAGUAUGCCAACUUGGCUGGAAGGCUCCCACCAAAAUAGAUGCCAAUUGAACUGAAGGCGAUAUUCUCACAUAUAGUGAAUGUGGGAACUCUUUUCCGUACCUUGAAACACUCACAACAGAAACGGAUACAGUAAGAGAUACAGAUACAGACCGAAACCUAUCUGCUUUGAAGCAACAAUGCGGCAAAUGUCCCUGGGGCAAUAUAUCUGGCUCAGUGCGACUACGACGCUCAUUUGUUUCUCAGUCGUGGACAAGAUAAUCGCCAAUGUCCGCCGCUUAGAGGAGCGGUAGAAGGGCCCCAGACGGGGACGAACUGCUGCGGGGGGCUACAUCUCGUUUUCGACCGUGUGCCCAUCGCUGGGGGAAAUGUAUCUCAAUAAUUUUCACACGAACUCCAGCCGAAAUGAAGUUGUUCCAGCCGGGCUUAGAGCUCUUCAUCAGCGCCAUUCCGGACGCAUCAGUCAGUCAACAAGCUGUGCCUCUGCAUGUGGCAGUGGCAGUGGCAACAGCUGUACGACACAGGCGCAUGCAACCGGCUUACACUCAGUGUUCCCCAGCUCCCUGGUUCACCCAGCCCCACUUGCUCACCUACUCCUCCAGACGGAGACAGACGGUAACUGAAACUGUCACAACGUCAGCGCGAACACCUUUGGCGCUGGUUCGACUUCAUUUUGCUAUCAGGAUCUUCGUCCCCGUUCACUCCCACUCGCUGUCGCCAGUGUCUCCACCUCGUCGUCAUGGCUGCAAAAGCUUCAGAUACAGGACACAUCAUUGAAAGGAUACAUUUGAUUUGUUUCCAGUGCACUGUGACGCUGCCACAGAUACAGGCAAAGCCAAAGCUGAUGCCUGGGCUCGAAACAGAGGAGAGCAGAGCUCUGGGGCCUGUUUCGCUUGUAAUUAUAAUAUUCCAGCCAACCCAGAACUUUGCCCACGGCCGAAAACAGGAAGAUGAAGCGGCGUCAUACGGAACUUUCGUUGUUGUUGCCGCUGUGGCACAUGCAACACGACAACAGCAACAACAAUGAAGACGGCAACGGCGACUCCGACCCGACAACGCCUGCAGACUUUGCGGAUGACCUCGAGCGCCACAAAUGCUGAUUACGAGGCCGUCCCACUACCAACAGCAGCAGCAACAGCCACAGCAUUCAGACCCCCAUCAGCAACGCCGAAUAAAAAAGGAGCACGGAUGUAUCUCAGAGUAUCCUUAACGAAGGCCAAAUACCCUGGCCCUCGAGCAACAUCAGACAUUUUAAAAGGUAUCAGACACGAAGGUGGCUUCUUCUCUUAUGAACUAACUCUUGCAUUUCUAAUCAUUUUCUUGAAU